GGUGUCAAAUGAUGUAAAUGAGAAUUAGUUGACAUCUGGUAUGCUGUAUAGAUAACUACGUACGAUGCCUGUAAAUGAAUUAAAUCUGAAGGUCAAUUUGACCUAUGGUGAUGAAAAUAUUCAGGAUGAUGGAUCUAAUGUCUUACAACUUAUGUUUAUAUUUUGGGGAGUGAUCAUGCUAGUGAUCGGUAUAAUUGGAAUAUUUGGAAAUAUUUUAACGGGGAUUAUUCUGUUCAGAAGGGAAAUGAAAUCGACCACAGUGUACUUCUUAAGAACGUUGGUGAUCACAGACACGGGUAUUAUUGUCGGAGCAAUCAUGGGACUUUCAGUGCUUUCGAUAACUCAGCGUAGUUCUAAACAUUGGUUAUUUAACGAUGUCAUAUAUCCACACAUAUAUGCACCGACAAAUUAUCUCGUAAUGGCCCUGCAGACACUAAAUGUUUGGACUACAGUUGCCGUAUCUGUUGAACGGUUCAUCGCAAUAUGUUUCCCUUUUAAAUCAAUCAAUAUAUGUAAUAAACGCAAUGCCUUCAUAACCAUUGGCAUUACGUCAGUGUUUUCGGCAGCUUAUAACAUUCCACGGUGUUUUGAAACAGGAAUUAUGAAAUGUGGCAAUAAUUGUUACACUGUUAUAACAACGGAGUUCGGCAAAAGCAAAUUUUAUACUGUUGUUUAUUCGCAGUGGCUUUAUACAAUUUUGAUAUAUAUUCUUCCGCUUUUAUUGCUAGGAAUUCUAAAUACGUUAUUAAUCAUGGAAUUAAUGCGUAUGCGCCAGAGAAGAAGUUUAACAAAUACUCAUGAAAACACAGAAUUUAACUUAAGUAUAGUACUGGUUAUAAUUGUGGCAGUUUUUAUAGUUUGCCAAACACCAGGACUGAUUGCACAAUUUCAAUUUUUUGAUCCCGAAUUUUUGAUGAAAUGGACAUGUGUCAGUAAUACAUUGUUUGUGUUGAAUUCGUCAGUGAAUUUUAUCAUUUAUACAGCGGUUGGAAAGAAAUUUAGAACGCUUCUGUUACGAAUGACCUGGACACGAUGUUUACGUAGAAAAGAAGUUCUCAGUCACUCCGGCAGCUUUUGGAAUACCGAAAGAGAACUUACAACUUUAACCACUGUUAAAGACUCCGACACACCUGUAGAUAAUGGGGAGGAGUUACUUUCUCUAAAGGAGAAUGGACGUUAGUUCUAAACAUAUAUUUAUAUUCAUGUUACUGGUAUUCAUGCGUCUUUAAAUCUUUUCAAAAUAUUGAUUGUUCACAAUUUUUUUUUAAUUUUGAUCAAUUGUUCGUCAAUCAAUUUCUUUGUUUAUGUCUUUCAUAUUAAUAUCUUAAACAUUAAAUAAAACAGAAAAUAUAUGAAACGCUUU